AUGACAGAGCAGAUAAGUGGUGGUGGUGGUGGUGGCUCAACAGAAACAUUGACUGAUCAUGACGUUGAUCAGUUAUUGAUUCGAUACGAUUCGAUUGUGAUCGAUGCCUGCUUGGAUGUUUGCACAGCGUUUACAUGGAUUCCUUUUGGAAGUCGUGUGGUUGGCCAGCAGUUAAUCGCACCAAAAGCCGUCGACUUGAACAAAUCAUACGAGACUGAAGCAAACGAUGGUAGAACCAAAAAAAUGGUAGUUGUUGCGAUAAGCACAUGGAUGGCGAUCAGGCGAUCGAUCCAAAGCGCUCAGAUGAAAUUUUGGCGCUCCAAUCGAUUCCGAUCGGAUCGAACCUAUCAUCCAAAAACUUUGGCCGACUCCGGAUUCUACCACGUCGGUCCAGGAGCUCAAUUGCGCCCUCAGCUUUGGCCUGGACAUAUUUAUAGGACAAUUCGACAGCGGCAGCAGUACUUCAAAGAACAAUAUAAUUAG